GGUGCCCGCCCGGUGCCCGCCGCCUCCUGCGCGCCCCCGCGCCCUGCGCGCCCCCGCCGGGGAUGGGGGGCGGUGCGCCGUGACCGUGCGGCGGGAGAGCCCCCUCCCCGCCGCCGUGCAGAGCCUGGGAGGCGCCGGCGGGAUGAGCGGGAGCGGCGGCCCCGGGCCCGGCGCGGCUCCCUGCCGCUUCGCCCACUACUUCGUGCUGUGCGGCAUCGACGCGGAGAGCGGGCUGGAGCCCGACGAGCUGGCAGUCUUGUACAAAUGGCUAGAAGCAGAUCUUCAUGGCAAGCGAUCAGAUACUGCAGACAAAGCCUCAGGAGAGAAUUUUGACCAGAGUCCCUUAAGAAGAACAUUCAAGUCCAAAGUUUUGGCCCAUUAUCCUCAGAACAUCGAGUGGAACCCCUUUGACCAGGAUGCUGUCAACAUGCUGUGUAUGCCCAAAGGGCUAUCUUUCCGGACACAGGCAGAUAACAGAGAUCCGCAGCUCCACUCGUUCAUCAUCACCAGAGAGGAUGGCUCUCGUACAUACGGGUUUGUGCUCACGUUCUACGAAGAGGUCACCAGCAAGCAGAUCUGCACAGCCAUGCAAACACUUUACCAGAUGCACAAUGCAGAGCAAUACAGCAGCGUCUGCGCCUCCUCCUCAUGUAGCAUGGACUCCUUGGCCAGCAGCACUGACGAGGGCGAUGCCACUUCCCUCGCCAAGCUCCAGAGGUACAACUCCUAUGACAUCAGCAGAGACACGCUGUACGUCUCCAAAUGCAUAUGUCUCAUCACCCCUCUGCCCUUCAUGCAAGCCUGCAAGAAGUUCCUGAUCCAGCUCUACAAGGCAGUGACCUCCCAGCAGCCACCACCUCUGCCCUUGGAGAGCUACAUCCACAACAUCCUCUACGAGGUGCCCCUGCCACCCCCAGGGAGGUCACUGAAGUUUUAUGGGGUUUAUGAGCCCAUCGUUUGCCAGAGACCUGGGCCCAACGAGCUGCCUCUGUCUGACUACCCUCUGCGGGAGGUCUUUGAGCUGCUGGGACUGGAGAACCUGGUCCAGGUUUUCACCUGUGUUCUUCUGGAGAUGCAGAUCCUUCUGUACUCACAAGAUUAUCAGCGUCUGAUGACAGUGGCAGAGGGGAUCACAACACUGCUGUUCCCGUUUCAGUGGCAGCACGUGUACGUCCCCAUCCUUCCUGCCUCUCUCCUGCAUUUUCUGGAUGCUCCUGUUCCCUACCUGAUGGGGCUGCAGUCCAAGGAGGGAACCGACCGCUCCAAGCUGGAGCUGCCUCAGGAGGCAAACUUGUGCUUUGUAGACAUCGACAACCACUUCAUCGAACUGCCGGAGGAAUUCCCCCAGUUCCCCAACAAGCUGGAGUUUAUCCAGGAGAUCUCGGAGGUUCUCCUGCAGUUUGGGAUCCCACCAGAAGGUAACCUGCACUGCAGCGACAGCGCCACCAAACUCAAGAACCUGGUUCUUAGCGACUUGGUGAACGACAAGAAGAACGGGAACAUCCCCAGCAAUGCUCUCAACAUGUAUGAGCUGCUGAAAGGCAACGAGACGAUCGCCCGCCUCCAGGCCCUCGCCAAGAGAACAGGCGUGACGGUGGAAAAAAUGACCAUCACGGCGGAGAAGGAGAAGGAUGGGAAAUUGCCCUGUGAGGAGGUGGAGCUGAGGGACUACAAACUGAACGUGCAGCUUCGGGAGGUUUUUGCCAACCGCUUCACGCAGAUGUUCGCAGACUACGAGGCUUUCGUCAUUCAGGCGGCCCCCGAUAUGGAAUCAUGGCUGACAAACAGGGAACAAAUGCAAAACUUUGACAAAGCUUCCUUCCUUUCGGACCAACCCGAGCCUUAUCUCCCAUUCCUUUCACACUUCAUCGAAACACAGAUGUUUGCAACCUUCAUAGACAAUAAGAUAAUCUCCCAGUGGGAAGAGAAAGACCCUUUUCUACGAGUUUUUGACUCCCGAAUUGAGAAAAUCAGGCUAUAUAAUGUAAGGGCCCCUGCACUGCGGACAUCCAACUAUCAGAAAUGCAGCACUUUGAAAGAAGCAGCCCAGUCCAUCGAGCAGCGGCUGAUGAAGAUCGAUCACACAGCCAUCCACCCACACUUACUUGAUAUGAAGAUUGGCCAAGGAAAAUAUGAACAAGGAUUUUUCCCAAAGUUGCAAUCAGAUGUCCUGGCAACAGGACCCACCAAUAACAACCGCUGGGCCAGUCGCAGCACCACAGCGCAGCGGAGGAAAGACCGUCUGCGGCAGCACUCGGAGCACAUCGGGCUGGACAACGAUUUGAGGGAGAAAUACAUGCAAGAGGCAAGGAGUUUAGGAAAAAAUUUAAGGCAGCCCAAACUCUCGGACCUCUCUCCAGCUGUGAUUGCUCAAACCAACUGGAAAUUUGUGGAAGGGUUACUGAAGGAAUGUCGCAUGAAGACUAAACGCAUGUUGGUAGAGAAGAUGGGCCAUGAAGCAGUUGAGCUGGGUCAUGGAGAAGCCAACAUAACAGGUUUGGAGGAAAAUACAUUGAUUGCUAGCCUCUGUGAUCUGCUAGAAAGAAUCUGGAGCCAUGGUCUGCAGGUCAAGCAGGGGAAAUCUGCUUUGUGGUCCCAUUUACUUCAGUACCAGGAGAGAGAAGAGAAGCAAGAGCAUAAUGCAGAAUCCCCAGUUGCUGUUGGAACAGAAAGACGAAAGUCUGAUACAGGAAUUAGUCUGCCUACUCUGAGGGUUUCCCUGAUACAAGAUAUGAGGCACGUUCAGAACAUGAGUGAGAUAAAGACUGAUGUGGGGCGAGCCCGAGCCUGGAUAAGGCUUUCUCUGGAGAAGAAGCUUUUGUCUCAGCACCUGAAGCAGCUGCUUUCCAACCAGGCACUUGCCAAGAAACUUUACAAGCGUUACGCUUUCCUGCGCUGUGAAGAAGAACGGGAACAGUUUCUGUAUCACCUGCUCUCCCUGAAUGCUGUGGAUUACUUCUGCUUCACAAGCGUCUUCACCACAAUCAUGAUCCCUUAUAGGUCAGUGAUAAUUCCCAUCAAAAAACUAAGCAAUGCAAUAACCACAUCAAACCCAUGGAUUUGUGUGUCAGGAGAACUAGGAGAAACAGGUGUAAUGCAGAUUCCCAAAAAUCACCUAGAAAUGACAUUUGAGUGCCAGAAUUUAGGGAAGCUGACGACCGUUCAGAUUGGUCAUGACAACUCAGGGCUGCUAGCCAAGUGGCUGGUUGAUUGUGUCAUGGUCAGAAAUGAAAUAACAGGACACACGUACAAGUUUCCCUGCGGGCGAUGGCUGGGAAAGGGCGUUGACGAUGGCAGCUUGGAGCGAAUACUCAUUGGAGAGCUGGUGUCCUCCACCUCUGACGAAGAGCUGGGAAAACAGUGCCGUACCCCACCCCAGCAGAAAUCUCCUACUAUGGCUCGACGACUGAGCAUCACUUCCCUCACAGGGAAGAACACCAAGCCUAACGCGGGACAGAUCCAAGAGGGAAUCGGAGAAGCUGUGAACAAUAUUGUGAAGCACUUUCACAAGCCAGAGAAAGAGAGAGGGAGCCUCACUAUUCUAUUGUGUGGAGAAAAUGGUCUGGUCGCAGCACUGGAGCAGGUCUUCCACCAUGGAUUCAAAUCAGCUCGCAUUUUUCAUAAGAAUGUCUUCAUCUGGGAUUUCAUAGAGAAAGCUGUUGCUUAUUUUGAAACCAGUGACCAGAUUGGAGACAAUGAGGAGGCCCUUUUGCUUCAGAGAUCUUCAUGCAAAACCUUCUGUCAUUAUGUGAAUGCAAUCAAUACAGCUCCAAGAAACAUUGGAAAGGAUGGAAAAUUCCAAAUCCUGAUUUGCCUGGGGACAAGGGACCACUUGCUGUCUCAGUGGAUCCCGUUGCUGGCAGAGUGCCCACCCAUUACAAGGAUGUAUGAGGAGAAUGCUCUCCUACGGGACCGCAUGACUGUCAACUCCCUUAUCCGAGUCCUACAGACAUUGCAAGAUUUCAACAUCAUCCUAGAAGGAUCGCUCAUUAAAGGAGUGGAUGUCUAGCAUGGCUUUGCUGAGAACUUCAUUAUUCCUUUCCCAAGCAAGCAAACCACAACUGGAGACCUGUCAGGACUUGAACAAGAUGGUAGUGCACCACUGUAAGGCAAAGCUCUGCUGGGUGAAGCAGGAGUGGGAAGCCCAGUUUGUGCCCAAUGGGAACUGUCCUCUAAAGCUGCAGAAAGCUAAGAUGCAGUAUUGUAGUUUAUUUGAAACAGAAAUUUAGUAUAAAAUAGAGUAUUUUCAUGUGUUAGAUGUGUGUAAAUAUGCUAUCUUCUUUAAGAAAUUAUAUUACUCUAAGAAAUUUUUCUUAGACUGAAUGUUCUUGUUCUGACUAUGAGUAGCUUAAACCCAGGGGAAGGACUGGGGUGGGAGGGGAAGGACUGAGGUGGGAAGGGAUGCUGCUACUUGCUUGCAAGGAAGAAGCCACUCAAUGUGUAAAUACAGUGCAAACUCAGCAGGGCUUUUUGCAGGUAAUGCAAAUUAAUACAGCAAAUAUCCUUAUGUAGCCAUUGUGAUCGUCUCAUUCUUGGAAGUGGUGUAAGCAUAUGCUGGUUUACCCUCCUGUAUGUGGUCUCCCUUUGGUUUUUUGAUUUGUUCGGAGACUCGGCCCUUUCCAUGCACGGAAGCUGUGAGUAGUCUUUUUUUCCUGUAAGGUCUUGCGUGUCACUCCUGUUGAUGUCCAGAAGGGGAGACAAGUGUUGAAAUGCUUAAACACUGGGGAGGAGGACUGCUGUCAGCCUCAAAGCUUGAGAGUAUGAGAAACCUCUUAAAGCAGUGCUGCUGCAGCCUGAGAUUGGGAAUGUGGGCUUGCUUGAUUCGCUCACUGUCUCCCUUUUCUGUCUAGGUGUUCUGAUGAUUCCUCCUCACCCUCAGCCAGCUGGUGUUGUGGAUUACGUUUUGGGGCUUUUUUCCCAUGUUGAAGAAUUUGGUUCAUGCCAAAUUCUUGCUCUACUUGAGAAGAAUCAUUGCUAUAGAGGCACAAACACAGAUGUUUCUGUGCUACUGAAGUGUAUCAGGUGGUUUUGAAAUGCUGACACGUUAUGAGUCUUCUUUUAUCCCACAGAAUGAGUGUUCCUAGGGAAGUACAGGAUCUUUGAUUACCUUUUUUUUUUUUCUUUCUUAUCCAGCUACUAAAAAAAGAGAAGGAAAUAAGCAAAAGGAGGGGGAAAAAAAGAAUCUGGUAUGUUGAGGCUCCUCUCCUACACUCUUUCCAGGUAAUUUGUUAAUAAUACAGUAUAUAUCUAUAGAUACAGCUCUUGAAGAGGAACUGGGAGCAACUGAAAUGCUGUAUGCUAAAAAUGGAACAAUAGAUUACAUUAAAAGUCAUCUUGUGGAUACCGUGCAGCAAAUACGGAGUAUAUGUUCCAUUCUUGUGGUGGGAGUUGGAAGAAUCUGAGGGCAUAUUUAGCUUCAUCUGUUUUUAGUUUUCGGAGGUUAGUUUAAAUAUAGGUGUUUGUUUUCACUUGUUCAUUCCCUCUGAUCUUGGCCUUUCCGUCAGUGGAUUUCUGUGGAUGUCUCACUGUCAGCUGUGGCUUGGAAAAGGCCCCAGACUGGUACUCUUAAGUGUGUUGCCUUGCUCUGUGCUCUCAAGUGGCAUUAGGAGGGACUUGGGAAUGGUGGGCAGUAGCAGGUCUCAGCAGAGUGUGCACGUGGUGGAGAGAGGAAUGAGAACUAAGGAAAAGGAAAGAGGAUGAAAAUCAGGGUUUGCUUUCUCACCUGCCUUUUGUCAAGAUUCUCUGCUUUUUCUGUCAUCCUGCUGUACAGUUCUUAUAACAGCACUCACUUUUAGCAUCAAAGUUUCACAUCGUAUUUCCAGCCAGAAGAAAGCUCUUCAUAUGACUUAAUUUCAUUAGAAGGGAGAGUUUGUUAUGGAAAUUGUUUUUGUUGUUGUUUAUUUUUUUUUCUCUAAGAAAGAAGUAAAAUACCACUGUCAGGGAGACUUUAAUGAGGGCUCCAGCUUUUAAUAACAAUCCUUUCCUUUUGGGCUAGUACUUCCUUAAGCUGACUAAACUCAUCCUAAAUACUGUAGGCAGCACUGCCAUGUCACUGCUGUGGGUGUGAGUAACUAACAUGAAGGCUGUGAAUGGUGUUAUGAGUUAGUAGCCAGAGCCCACGGCUGUGUGGCAUCUCUCUUGCAGUUCCAGAAAUGUGAAAUUUAGGGUGUUAGGGUUUUCUGCAUGGCCAGGUGAGUCUGGUUCAAGACAGCAGAAGAUGCAUGACAACCCUUCCGCAGCAAUUGAAAAUGCAUCCCAAGUACUUAAGUCUAUCAGUAAAUUAGACAUUUAGCAACAGAAACCAUGAGGCAGCAUAAUUUGGUAAUGGCUGCUUUAGAAUGUUUUGAUUUCUAUUACAACUCAAGCCUUUUACGUCUAAUGACUGCUAUACAUGAUUUUUUUUUUUUUGCCAUACCUAACCCAGACUAAGUGACUUUCAUUUCACUGAAGUAAUAACUUCUUUAGUCCUCAGAUUUCUUUACCGUAUCAUCUGCAUUUACGAGCUGGAUACUUCUCAAAAUUAUACUAUUGCAUCCUUCUCCAAAGACAAUUUAUGAGUUAAGCAGUCAUGACAUUGAUGGCCAUAACGUGGGUUAAGUGCGAGCAGGAUCAUGUAGAAAUGUGAACAUCUCUAAAGGUCAAGCAUAGAUUAAUAAACCACACACAGAGAAAAGGGCAAUAACUACAUAAAGCCUUCUUAAGAUAAAAUAAGGUCAAACAUGAGAAAUUUUAAAAUUCAAAACAGGGCCUUUCCCCAUUUAAACUACAUUAAAGAACCUUGGGCACUUCAUGUUAACACAACUUCAUGUCAGCUUUUUCAGCAAGCAUUGACUUGUUUGGUUUAGUCAGGUUUCACAUCAUAUUAAUAAUAAUACAAUAAAAAUUAUGUAUGUCUAAUAUGUCCUUGUAGGCAAUAAAAGCACCCUAAGAUAUGUUGAAAGGGCACAGCUGAGUACCUCUGAUUCCUAGAAGACUAGUGAUUUGACAACCUUGGGAGUGUAUGGUUCUUUGUAGUGAAUUUUUAUUCUACCACAUAUUUUUUUUUUAAUUAUUUUUUUAGUAGACUACUUUGUUUAUUGCAAACUGUGAGGUUUUUUUCUGUAAGGUUUACAGAAAUCAUUCUACCCACUAGAAUGGUGAGAAGCCCAUCAGGAUUCUUCUAAGCUAACACAGUUUUUACUUCAGUGUUAAAGCACCUUCACUGGUUGAGAAAGGGAAUCUUGGAAAAGACCAAAGCUCUCUGGUAUCUGCUUUUUAAAAAAUGAAUAAAUAAAUACAUCCUAUCCAAUACCUGUCUGCAGAUGUCUGAGUUUGCAUCAUCUUGUUAUACUAACAUCCAGCGUGGUAACCUGGGGGAGUCGGAGAAUCAGAUUCAUCACUAUUGUACAAAAUGUGUAUUUAUAAUUCUCUGAAAUGAAUGACAUUCUACCAUUUAGUGAAAAAAAAAUUAAAAAAAAAAAUCUACUCAUGUUUAUUCUGAGUCGGUUUGUGUGAUUAGAUAUCAUCGUUCCAAAAUGUCUUUUUAGAGUAGUUGUGCGAUGGCAUAUUUGAGACAAUUGCUUCUUUCAACCAAAUGAAGGUGCACAUCCUAAGGGGAAAUACUGUAUGUGACACUUGAAAUGUACAAAUGUGCCCUGUAUAGCUUAAAAUGAUCCUUAAAUGUCUCCAUUAAGUAUAUUUUGUCUUUACAUUAUUACUAACUGAAUAAGAACUGGAUUAUUUUCAAGAUGACAUUAGUCAAAGUAUUGUUAUAUCAAGCACUUUAACAUACAUAUCACAAACUGACAUGGGUUUUUCAGGUUUUGAAGUACAUUGAAAUACAGCUUUUCAUGCUAUGUCCUUUACAAAUAAAACUGUGAGAAUAA